UAUAGGCACCACCAUAAUAUGAAGUGGUGAGAAAUGUUGUUAACGUGGAUGAGUGACAAAAUAUGUUAUAUUGCGACUUGCGAUGGGCUGCGCAACUCUGCCGUAUGUGAGAGCGUGCCACACUUUCUGAGUAGUGAGCAGCAACUGAGAGUGACGUACACUGAGUGAGAAGAUUCAGUCGCGGUGUGGCGGUCGUGGAGAGUGGUAGUGUCGCCAUAGCUCUCGCCUCUUUUCAUCAGUGAACUGCAUCUCACCACGGUAUCAUAAGUCAAGUGGUUGAUGAACGGAGUGACCAUGGACAGGUGAUGAGGGCAUGAUUCUUGGAGGGUGGGCAGUGUCACUUCUGCGCCCUUUUCCCUGCCCCUAACAAUUUAGCUGUUGUUCGUAUCGUGGACCUUUGAGUGUGACGUCUGUGUGCGGCGUGUAGUGAGUGUGUUCUAGAGCUCGGAACCCUAGCAUGUCCUCAUGUCCUACUGCGAGUGUAGCUGAAUACAUCCACAUGGAAGGACCGGAAGAUAUCUCCAAGAAUCCUCUCCCCGAGGAGGAGGUGGAGACUCACCCCGAGCCGAGCUCUUUGCAAGAGCUCAAGAGCGCUCGAGGCUUUCGCCGCAGAGUGUCCGAAUCGGCGCGGGAGAGCCCCGGAGAGGGACUGUCCCGCCUGGUUAGAAUCGGAAACGGUCUUCGUCGUCGCUUGUCAGGCUCGACUCGGGAUGUCUUCAUGGCACCCUCAGAAGGAGUGGGUGAAGGUCGUGCCCCUAGCAUCGGGCUUCGACGCCACCUGUCAGCCUCCAUGAAAGACCUGUUGCUGUCCGGCGUGGUUGUGCGCGGCGACUGGCCUGAAAGUGAAGGUCUUGGCAGACGUCUGACCCGUCGCCUCUCCCUCCUUGCUGGCAGCGUCGCCACUCGGGCCGAUCACACCCGAGGAUCCCUUAGGGCACGCUUCCCUAACAUGAGACGCUCACGAACAUUUACAGUCACCGUAAUCCUUCCAGACUCGUCGGUGACAUCAGUUGUGGGCGAUGGGACACACACGGUGGGUCAGGCCCUACGGACCACAGCCCUGGAGCACGGCAUGGACACCUUCUCCCUGGCUCUGGCCGACUCCCACGCCGAAGUCGAUCUUGAAGCCCCCGCCCACCUGCUUGACGGAGACACUAUCAUCUUGGAGGACGCCUUUGUCCCCCCUGACCCCAGCGAAGAGUCUGACCCUCGCCUACGGGUGGCCUUGGUCCUAGCAGCCUCGGAGCGCCUUCUGGGCCGGCGGCUGAGGUGCUUGGAUGAGGUGUACGGCCAGCACAUGCGUCGGCUCUCCUCUGUCACCCACGCCGAGCAGCAGGUCCUCUUCGACAGCUUGAAGCCCAUCAUCACCCUCUCUGAACAGCUCCUUGCCUCGCUGGAUGCCGCCGUCAGCAGCUGGGAUUCCGAGACUACCUGUCUGGGUGUCUUGUUCGAGGAGGACCUGUGGGAGCGCUACGAGGAGUAUCUGCAGGUGUACGAGCAAGCCGUCAGGGUGUUGCGGGAGAAGGAGGCCACCGACGAGGAGUUUGUGGCUCUGUGUCGGCUGCGGAGAGGGGCGGCGAGGUUCUCCCUUCUUCAUCUGCUACAUUUACCGGUAAGUACUGCCUUUUGUUAAACCAUGGCUGCUUUAGUAUAUGUUUUGGUCUGUUUCCAUUUACAGGUAAGUAGUGUUCGUGGUCGGUCUGUGCAUCUAUUUGU